CAGGUUAAGAUUUCAUUAACGACGGAAAAUGAAGGGCUAAGACGUCGUUUAGCGGAAGCUCAGAGCAAUUGGUUGGAAACACGAGAGGAAAACUUGAGGACUGAGGAGAAAUUAAAACAACUUGAGAAUGAAGUGAGUUUAUUUCUCAAACGUGGUGGUUCAGUAUAGGUAGUACAGUAUUCUACAAUAAGCUGCUGUGGUUUGUGUCUGAACUACCUGAAAAAUAUAUCUCAAACGUGGUGGUCCAGUGUGGGUAGUAUAGUAUUGUACAAUAAGCAGCCGUGGCUUGUGUCUGAACUACAUGAAAAAGAUAUCUCAACGUGAUGGUCCAGUGUGGGUAGUAUUGUACAAUAAGCUGCCGUGGUUUGUGUCUGAGCUUCCUGAAAAAGAUCUCAAACGUGGUGGUCCUGUGUAGGUAUUAACAAAACUGUUUAUUGUUUUAGCUUCGUUUGUUAACGUUGAGCAAGACCAACUUGGAAACUGCUCACGAAGAAAAUCGGGAAUUUUUCAAAAAACAAGAAGAACAGAGAGAAGAGCAGUUCCUGGAAACUGUGCAAGAAACAGAAAAGAAACAUGGUAUGAGUGCUGUUUUAUAAAUUAUAGUCUGCUGUAUAUAGUCUAAAGUUGGCUUAGUAUCUAACCAAUAUUGUUUGCGGUAGCUGAGUUGCGGAAGGAACUGGAGGAAAUGCUACAAGCACAAAUGAAAAUGUCUUCAGCAAUGAAAGAUGAAAAUAAAAGAUUGAUCUUGAAAUUGGAAGAAAAGAAAGAGAAUCACAGGUAUUGUAUAAUAGUCGUAAUUAAAUAACGAAUGUUUAUGUAUUUUGUCACCUAAUUCACAUUUUCGGAUACCUCACAUUCCUAAUUACCACUGUUCUGAUAAUGUAAGCAUAGAAUGGAACAAAGGUAACCAAGCAUUUAAAUUAUAUAUGUGAGUGCAUUGAUAACUCACAUGCCUAAUUACCACUGUUCUGAUAAUGUAAGCAUAGAAUAGAACAAAGGUAACCAGGCAUUUAAAUUAUAUAUGUGAGUGCAUUGAUAACUCACGUCACAUACCUAACUACCACUGUUCUGAUAAUGUAAGUAUAGAAUGGAACAAAGGUAACCAAGCAUUUAAAUUAUACAUGUGAGUGCAUUGAUAACUUACAUGUCUAGUUACUGCUGUUUUGAUAAUGUAAGCAUAGAAUGAUGGAAAGGAACAAAAGUAACCGGUCUAUAAAAUGUCUUUUUACUUCGCACAGAUCAGAGAAAACAAAAUGGCGAGAACAGCUGAGUGAGCUAGCGAGCGCACUGGAAGUGACUCGUAAACAGCACAACGAAGUAACAACAGAGAAAGAAAAUAUAUCUCAUAUAAAUGAUGAGCUUGCUGGGAAAGUCAAGUUUUUAAAACGAGAAAACAAAAAAUCUCUAAAAAUGGUAUGUAUAUUUGAAGGUAGUUCUCAAUUGAUUAUAGGGAGGGCGUAAAAAAAAUACCUGCGGUUCCGGUUCCCGACCGACCCAAUUUUUUCUGCUGACCCCAUUAUUUUUUCAACGCGAUUGACCGUGCGACCCUAUUUUCCCCGGGUGGUUGCGGGCUGCUGCCAAAAUGGCGUCUGUUGUCACACUAAUUAUUGAAAAAACCAUGAAAAAAAUAUUCAAUAAACAUAUCAUUUCCGACCUACCGACCCUAAUUUUUUCGCGAUAUGAAACCGGAACCACAGGAAUUUUUUACGCCUGGUUCUCAAUCUUCUCCCUAGCAGGGCCGCCGAGAGUUGCGCGGGGCCCAGGGAAAAGUGCCCUGCCCUCCCCCUCUCAGGGGCCCUGCUCCCGAGAGGUCUGGUAAGGAUAAUCUUUUAGUGAUCUAUUGUUACUUCAGGAGGAAACCUAAACCUCAUUAGUUUGUACUAGAUAGCUGUACCAGUUUUUAACUGUUCCAUAAGCAGAUCUGCCGGGGAAGGAAUCACUCUGGGCCUCCGGAUGUUUCACUGCAAGGCAUGCAAAUUCCAUUCAAAUGUAUAAGAAAACAAAAUUUUCUAAACGCCGUAACUCGCCUCCUAAAUGUCAAAACAACGUGACAUUUUCGGUCUAGACUAAUUUGAGCAUGAAGAUUUCAAUUCUGAGCUCAAUUUCUGCCAAAUAUGAAGACGUAAAAUCGAUAACGCGAACAUCGGGGAAUAUUUUUGUUUAUACAUACAUGCAUAAAACGGCAUUCUUUAAGUUUAUCCCUCCAGAUACAUGCUGAUAUGAAAGAUACAUGCAUUAUAACAGCUAUGCAACAACACACCGUAUAUUAAAACUAUUCUAAUUUCAUGUUUAGAUUUACAACCUUCUAAAGAAACAGAAAAACUUAAUGCAGGACCGACAAACUUUAUGUCAUGAACUGGAGUCCUUGCAACGGAGCCAAACUGCGGGCACACCAUUGCAGCGGUAUUCUCAAGAGGCAGGAAAUAUUUCAGCCAAUGAACAGGGAAGUGGUGCUGAUACUUCAUGUAAUGUUAAACAAAGUAAUGUAGAGAUAAACAAUGAAGAUGAGAGCUUAUGAUGUCAUCUUAACUAAACAAAUCUGAUAACAGCUACUUUAUUAGAUAUAUAGUGGGCGUCUAUUAGAAUGAACAGUAUACGGAUUUUAAAAACUUAUGUAUUUAUACUGUGUAUUGUAUAUGUCAGCAACUAUAACUGUUUUUAUUUGAUGAUGUUGAAAAUUCAAAAUUUCAAUCGUUCGUACUUACAUCUAUCGAGUAUCGUAUAUUGUAUACCCGUAAAUCGUCUUUGUACUUGUGUAUGCCUCAAAGGACGUGUCUUUCAAAGCUGUAAUAUAGAAUAUGUCUUUAUAGAAUCACCACAAAGCCAAAGGAUGUGUAUUUCAAGACAAUUAUACUAGAUUAAGGGAAAAUUUCACCUGUAUUCUGUGUAAUGACGUCGUAAACUUAUAAUCUGAUACAAAUUAAGAUUCCCAUCUUUUAAAAAAAUUUCUUUCUUAUUUAGUUAUUUCCUGUCAAAAUUAUUUCGUUGAAAGACAAUUUCACAGUUCACCUUAUUUUAUUGCAGUUUUUGUUAAAUUAAAAUAGCAAACCAACAUUAACAACACAAUGGUAAUACGCUUGUUAUUGAUUUAAAUCGCAUAGUUUUCAUUUCAACUUCGACUGUUUGUGGGAACUGAACGGGCGUGUUUAAAAAAAGAACUCACGAGCUUUUUAAGUGAGGUGUGUUCUUAAAUACGUGCAUUGUUUCCCGCGCAGCGUGUGACAUUGGGCGCAAGAGCCACGCAGAGCUAAGACAUAGAAUAACAUUUGUUUGUUUUGUAUUCUUGUAGGGAAAAUACCGCGUGUAUUUGGUGGCUUAAUUAAAAUACUCGUGAAUACCGUUGGAAAAGCUGCCAAGUAUGAAUCUGGCCGAAAGAGUAGAGGCUAGUAGAAAUAUUGUUAAAGAAUUAUCAAGUGAGG